AUGGGACAGUGGGAGAGUGCGAGGGUGGGACAGUGGGACAGUGGAAGAGUGGGACAGUGGGACAGUGGGAGAGUGGACCAGUGGGAGAGUGGGACAGUGGGACGGUGGAAGAGUGGGACAGUGGGAGAGUGGACCAGUGGGAGAGUGGACCAGUGGGAGAGUGGGACAGUGGGAGAGUGGACCAGUGGGAGAGUGGACCAGUGGGAGAGUGGGACAGUGGGAGAGUGGGACAGUGGGACGGUGGAAGAGUGGGACAGUGGGAGAGUGGGAGCGUGGACCAGUGGAACAGUGGGGCAGUGGAAGAGAGGACCAGUGGGAAAGUGGACCAGUGGGCCAGUGGGACAGUGGGUAGCAGGUUGGAGCCACAGAGCAGGACUUUAA